AUGACAGUCAAAUUAUUGAAGCUGGAAUCAGAAAUGGACACAGCAUCAUCUGAUAGUAGCCUCUUCUUCAACAUUCCACAGACUUCGCCACCGCCGCCUAUCGAUGAGCCGGGACCGUGGACAAGCGUUCGGCCUUCCUGUCGUGACACGACGUGUGCACUGUCAGAUGUAAUGCCACCUCCAUUCAUCCCCGCAGAGGAUCGCUACGAGCCUGGAAACACAGUUUCUCCUGAUCCACUAGCCAUGAACAGUGCAGAGGAGUGCGAUGAGGUGCCAACAACACAAGAUCAUGCUCCUGAGCAGCUGGAAGACAAAUGCUUGAACAUACCGCCUGAAGUGUCUAGCAGCAACUAUGCCCAAACUGCACCGCAUCCACGCCCAGAUUCAGCGCUGACGAGCAAGAUGGCGCGCAAUAGCACGGAAAGGACUGCUGCUGGCGUCCUGGCAGCCCUUCCCAGCAAGCCGAAAAGAAGCUCCCUUGACUCCAGGGCUGAUGGCAAUGCCUCCCGGCCCCGGAAAAGGCGACCCAAACCUCCGGCAAAGGCAAACCAGUCUACCGAUAUGUUUGAGCUAUGUACAGAACUCGAACCUAUCUCAAACAAGAUCUUCGAGCCGGACGAGGUCUACCGCGUCUUGGUUCGGCGAAGUGAAACAAAGUAUCAUCAAAAAGUCCCAUUCUUGGUACGACUGUUUUUUGCGGUCGCGAGUCCCCUGGCCUUCGAGCAACUAGCCGAGGCCUGCGAGGCUGCUCGCGAGCGCAAUGACAUGAUAGCGCCAUUUUCUGCGGACGAUGAUGCAAUGCUGAUGAAAAAAGUGCUAGAUGCGUUAGAUUCUGGGGUCACAAUCUGUGCUAUCCUCCGUCGAUUCUUCCUAGUCCAGCUGCUGAAUUGCCGACUUCGACGUGAGGAUGACCAUAAAAAUCGACGCUCGGUUAGGGUUGCGGCCCAGCAGAGCCGUGGGGGUUUGAUCAAAGACACUGGCUUUUCAGGCCGAGCUGACUCCAGCGCCUUCCGGGAUCUGCUAAUGACAUUCUAUCCCCGCCUCAAAAUACCAGACAGGAGAAAUUCAUCGGUGGACGAUAAUGUCUUGUGUGAAUACAGAGGUGCCUUCCUCCAGGAGGUCAGCCAUCUGACUCAAAAUAUCGAGGAUAUCCUAUACGAACAUGACAUUGGUGUCAGAUAUGGGUUUGAAUCGUGCAUUAUUGCUGGAAGGCCAGUAGAGCGCCCUGGGGAUGUUUAA